CUCCAGGGAUCAGACACAGGCGGCGGAUCAACUUCGAGUGGUGUGAGUGGCUGUUGCCUGAUCAUGCGACAGGUGAUUAGCGCGAUCCCCGAGGCAGACGCCGCAACACGACGAGCGGCCGAAACCGCAGCAGCUGCCACCUGCCACGCCCCUCCGCUCCUCCUCCACCCUUUUUGAUCUCCCCUCUGCUUCCCCUUCCCCUCCAGGCUCUGCUUCGCGCAAAAGCUUUGUCCUUUUUCGCUCUCUCCCCGUCUCCGUCCCCUCCUCCUCGGCUCUCUCCCCUCGUGACUGCUCCGCCUCGCCAUGAGCAUCUGCGGCGGCGGCGGGGGCAUCAUCCCCGCGUCGCGCUUCCUGCGCCGCCGCGCCGCCGUCCGGGACCUGGGCCGCGACGCCGACGCCGACGCCUUCUGUGUCGCCGCGCCCCUCCUCUACGACUUCUCCCAGCAGCAGCCGCAGCUGGAGGAGCAGGUGCCGCCCGCGGUGGCCGCGCGGCGUUCGCCUCCGCCGGCGCCCAAGCCGCGCAGCCCGCCGGCUCCCGUCGCCCUGGAGCGCCCGCGGUCCCCGCGGCCGCCGCCGUCCCCGGCCGCGCGGCGCUCGCCUUCGCCGGAGCCGUGCAGCCCGCGCCUCCUCGGCCUGCAGCCACCGUCGCCGCCCCCGGCCGCGCGGCGCUCGCCUUCUUCGGGCGGCAGCGGCACCGGCCUGCUCCUCGCCCUGCAGCGCACCUGCGUGGGCUGGGGCGCCACGAGGCGGGUCGAGUACCCCAGCCGCCACCGCCCGGCCUCGCCUGCCGCUCCUUGCGCGGCCGCCGUCGAGGGGACGGGCCGCCCGGGAGCGCCGGCUCGGCGCGGGGACGAGGACCAGGAGAGCAUCGGCGGCGGCGCCAAGAAGAGGAAGCGCCUGGAGGAGGAGGAGGAGGCGCAAGAGAGCGGCCGCGAGGACAAGCCCGUCAUGGCCAAGGCGGCGGGGAAGUCGAGGUCCAGGAACAGGUGGAAGGCGAGGUGGAGUAGCCUGCGCCGGCGCCGCGGCGCCGCCAGGCUCGCCAAGAAGGCCCCGCGGGUCGUGAAGGAGGAGGAGGAGGCGGCGGUGGCAGAGGACGAGAGCAGCCGGGACGUCAAGCCCGCGGUGGAGGCGGAGAAGACGACGAGGAGGAGAAGGAAGAGGGCGGGGUCGAGUGCCCGUGGCGGUCGCCCCGGCGCCGCCAAGCGCGCCAGGAAGACCCCCCUCAAGGAGGAGAAGGUGGAGGAGGCGGAGUUGGAGGAGGAGGAGGUGGCGGAGAGUAAGCCCGCCGCUUCCGCUCCCGCUCCUGCUCCGGCUCCCGAGCCCAGCUCGCCGCGGGGCAAGGUCGACCGCUGGUCGGCCUGGAGGUACGCGGCGGCCGAGGCGGCGCUGCUGGACAUCCUGCGCGCGCGCGGCGCCAGCGCCGGCAAGCCCGCGCCGCGCGCCGAGGUGCGGGCGCAGGCGCGCCGCCACAUCGGCGACACCGGCCUCCUCGACCACCUCCUCCGCCACAUCGCCGACAAGGUCCCGGCCGGCAGCGCCGAGCGGGUGCGCCGCCGGUACAACCCCGCCGGUGGCUUGGAGUACUGGCUGGAGCCGGCCGAGCUGGCGGCCACGCGGCGGGAGGCCGGCGUCGAUGACCCGUUCUGGGUGCCGCCGCCUGGGUGGAAGCUCGGUGACCCCGUGUCGCCGGAGGGCCGCGCGCUUGUGGUGCAGAAGCAGGUGGAGGAGCUCGCCGGGGAGCUUGACGUUGUAAAAAGGCAAAUGAAGCAGCUCGAUUCCAAUCUGAUGCAAGUGAGCAAGGAAGCCUACAUCUCAUGGAAGGGGUAUGACUGUAUGGUGAAGGCCAAUGGCAAGCUGGAAAAGGAGGUGCUGUCCUUGGAGGAGAAGUAUGAGAACGCAACACAGGUGAAUGGUGAACUGAAAGAGCUGCUGCUGUUACUGAAGGACAAGUAUGAGACUGUGCUUGAGAAGAAUGACAGACUGGAGGAGCAGAUGGUUGCCUUGUCCACUUCUUUCCAGUCCAUGAAGGAAGACUUGCUCCUGGAGAGAAUCGGAGAACAACCCAUGCUGAUGCUAGCGCAAGAGCCUUGGGAUGCUGACAAUCAAGAAGCCAGUGCCGGCAAUACUGCUGCCAGUGCAGGCAACCAGCUGGUGGACGCUUAUGCUGUCGAUGGCAACUUCAGCAGCAAUGGUGGCACCUCUGGUAGCACCAAGAGGGCGUUGAGGAGGUGCAGCGUGCGCAUGCACAGGAGAGAUGGGAUGUUGCAGUGGCCAACGGCUGCAUCUGAUGGCACGACCAGCAGCCCCAGGGAACUACCAGAGCCGCUAACACCCGGCGUCGAUUUGGUCAUCACCGAUUUCGAUGCAGUGAUCAACAGCCUCGCGCCACCAUCCAUGGAGGAGUACCUGAUGGCUGAAGGCCUCCCAACAUCAACGUCCGCGUCAUCCUCCAGCGCCUCUCCCAAGCUCGCGCUCCUCCCCGCCCCAGCCUCACCAGUCCAGGUCCAGCCACUGCAAUCAACAACCGUGGCUAUGGCAGACCAGCAAGCGGUGCAGCCAUACUCUGGUGACUUCAACCUGCAGCUCCAGCACAAGGACACGUCAUCUUCACCACGGCCAUGGGGUGCCAAGGCGCUGAAGCUCGACGCCGGUGCUGGAGUCGGCGGCGUGGGCACCGAGCUGGCCCUGGCGACCCCCACUUACUGAUCCAACCAACGCCGACAAUCUCCAACGAAUGAGCAGAUCUCACCACAGAAGUUUUGCCUCACCACCGUUAACUAGCAGUAACUCACCUCAGAACAUAGCUCACGGGUCCACAGGAUAAGCUGAAGAAAGACAGAAGAACACCAGAGAAGAUAGAUUACCUUUUACCUUGCUUAGGCAAUGCACUUAGUUGAUUUUGUCCGUUAAUUACGUGUAGUUAUCGCUAUUGUCAGUUUCUAACUUGAUUGCAGAUGGCUUUGCUUACAGUUGAGCACCACCAUGCUGCUGCUACUGCUGCUUUAAUUCCUAGUCUGGACUUAUGCCAGGAUAAACGAUCUGCCACUCUGUUUUAAGUCAAAUUGUUGCCAGGAGCCAAGUUUCAUGCCU